CGGCCGGCCGCGCUCGUCCCGCACCAUGGCGCUCAGCGACACGGCCCUGCCCUCCUUCGCCACCUUCGCCAGCCCCUGCCGCGAGAAAGCGCUGCACGAAAGGUGGAAAUGCGAGCAGGAGGCCAAGACCCCCGCUGGCACCUGGGGCGGCCUCUCGCCGCGCAAAGAGGAUGAAGAUCUCAACAACGUGCUGGAUUUUAUCCUUUCCAUGGGCAGCGAUGGCUACGGCCAGGGCGCUGCCGGCGGGGACUAUCCCCCCGCCCAAGGCGAGAGCGGUGGCUUUUACCAGACAAACCCAUCCCCGGGAUGCUACAGUGCCCUGGAGCAGGGCAGCCCCCCGCCCUACAGCGCCGGCAUCGUGCCGGAGAUGAUGCGCUCCGAGAUGGACUCCAGCUACUGCCCUCCUGGCAGCGUCCACGGGCGGUUCUUCGUGACACCCACCUUCGGGGGGCCGCAGUUCGUUGAGAACAUUAAGCCCGAACCCGACAUGGACAAUUAUGGACCGGUGCUGGGUCUGGUGCCCCAGGCUUGCCCAAAGAUUAAGCAGGAGGGCAACGCGACCUGCAUGAUGGCCUACGAGCAGCCCCGGGUGGCCAGUUCCCCCCAGAUCCCCGGGGCAGAGACGCCCCCGCUGAGCCCCGACGAUCUCAUGGUGAAUGACUGCCACACGCAGAUGAUGUGCCCCUCGUCCGUGCCCUUCCAGCAGAGCUACCACCCGGCCUCCGGCUUCCACCACCCGCAGACCCACCUCCAGUACCAGAACACCUCCCAGUUUGGCCUUUUCGAGGACAGCCUGCCCUUACAGCCCUCGGCUCCCCGGGGCAUGCUCACCCCUCCUUCCUCCCCUCUGGAGCUGCUGGACUCCAAACCAAAGCGGGGCCGUCGGUCCUGGCCGAGGAAGAGGACGGCCACUCACACGUGCACCUACGCGGGCUGCGGGAAGACCUACACCAAGAGUUCGCACCUGAAGGCCCAUCUCAGGACACACACAGGUGAGAAGCCCUACCACUGCAACUGGGAAGGCUGCGGCUGGAAGUUCGCCCGCUCCGACGAGCUCACCCGCCACUACCGCAAACACACGGGGCACCGGCCCUUCCAGUGCCACCUCUGCGACAGGGCCUUCUCCAGGUCCGACCACCUGGCCUUGCACAUGAAGCGCCACAUGUAGUGCCGGGGACUCCGCCCCGCCGGUGUUGUGGACGAUGUUUGAACUGCUCAGGUGCAGAAGAGCGUUAAAAAACCUGUAGCUGGUACUACGUGGGGAGGCACCGACCGACCGACCGACCGACCGACCGACCGACGCUCCAGGACGGACGCUGAGGGUUUGACACAAGGAGGCUUAGCCAGGAAUCUCCUGCAGAGAAUCUGCCGUGACUGUAUCAGUGACCUGCCCGUCCCGGUCAGGAGAACAGGGGUUAUUAUUUAUGCAGCUUCUGUGAAGGG